AUGUUAAAGCUUGGUACAGCCAACAUCAAUAGGCAAGCAAAGAUACAAGAAGUUGGCUUUACUAAGGAUGGAAAAAUUACAGCUCUUGAAUGUGACCUUUACAACAAUGCUGGACAUAGCUUGGAUCUCUCAGGUGCUGUAAUGGACAGAGCUUUAUUCCACAGUGAUGCCAGCUAUAAGAUUCCUAACAUCAGAGUGUCUGGACACCUCUGUAAAACUAACAUUCCUUCCAAUACAGCAUUCCGGGGAUUUGGUGGACCACAAGGCAUGUUUAUAACAGAAACCUGGAUAGAGCAGAUUGCCUCAACUUUAGGCAUUUCAGCAAAACAGGUCAGGGAAAUCAACAUGUACAAUGAAGGGGAGACAACCCACUUUAACCAGGCUCUCCGUCAGUGUAACAUCAAACGCUGCUGGAGCGAGUGUCUGGAGAGAAGUGAUUACUGUAAUAGGAAGAAGGACAUUGAUAUAUUUAACAGUGAAAACCGAUGGAAAAAGAGGGGAAUAUCCAUUAUCCCAACAAAGUUUGGAAUCUCAUACACUGCAUUGUUUCUUAACCAGGCUGGAGCUUUGGUCAUCAUCUACAAGGACGGGUCAGUCCUGAUCACACAUGGAGGUACAGAAAUGGGACAAGGACUUCACACCAAAAUGAUCCAGGUUGCUGCCAGGACAUUAAGAAUUCCUGCCUCUAAGAUACACAUUAGUGAGACGAGUACUAACACAGUCCCCAAUACGUCGGCUACUGCAGCCAGUGCCAGCUCAGAUCUGAACGGAAUGGCCAUCCAGAAUGCAUGUCAAAUUUUGCUAGAGAGACUGGAACCGUAUAUAAAUGCAAACCCCAAAGGAUCAUGGGAAGACUGGGUAAAUGCAGCAUAUUUUGACAGAACAAGUCUAUCCACAACAGGAUUCUACAAGUAA